GAGGGGUGUGUUUCCUGGUUGCCUUGACAGCGGGCGGUAGGGCAGAGAGACACAUACAGGGGAGGAAUAAAGGAAGCAGACAUGGAGGAAAUAGAAGAAGAACUUAAACCAUGCAAAAUUUGUGGUAGGACCUUUUUUACGUCGACACUGAAAAAACACAUUCCGAUUUGCCAAAAAUCAGCUGUGAAAAAGAGAAAAGCCUUUGAUUCAAGCAGGCAAAGAGCAGAGGGAACAGAUAUCAGUACAGUAAAACCAGUAAAGGCACGGCCAGAACCUCCCAAAAAGCAGUCCACCUGGAGGAGGAAACAUGAAGAAUUUAUUGCCACUAUAAGAGCUGCUAAAGGAAUUUCUCAGAUUAUAAAAGAAGGUGGUGAGCUUCCACCUCCACCCCCACCUUCAUAUGACCCUGAUUAUGUUCAGUGUCCCUAUUGUCAGAGGAGAUUUAAUCAGAAUGCUGCUGAUCGACACAUAAACUUCUGCAAGGAGCAAGCUGCACGCAUGGGAAAUAAAAUGAAAGGAGGCCCAGAUCCCAAAGGAAAACCAGCACCACGUCCCCAGCAUAAGCCACUGAGUCUUAAGAAGACUAACUCACCCGCGGCUGUAUCAUCCCCGGCUUCACGACUGCCACAGCCACCAAAUUUUGGAAAAACCACCUCAGGUAUCCCAUCAGGAAAAUCAGUAGCAAACAGUGGAGCUCCGGGAAAUAAAUAUCAAACUCAGUCUCCGGCACAUAAAAAUUCUACAACUGUUACAAGUCCUCAGGCUGGUAAAUUGGACACAAUAGGCCCACCUCUUCGGACUGGAAGAGAUAUACUGAGAAUGCAUGAAAGUGACAAUAAAACUGACAGUUACAUUCCAAGAGUUAAUGAUUUGCAGCCUAUUCACAAGGGAGCACUGAAAUCUAGAACACCUCCAAGUCUGGUUAGAAAUCCAUCAUCAGGCACUUCAUUCAACAAAAGGAAAACUUACAAUGAAAACAAUGCAAGGCCUGAAGCCAAAAUGGCAUAUGAUGCCACUGACUACUCAAAGCCUGUAAACGAUGGCCGCAUCAGAGCAGCCGACAACAAUACGUCGGGCCAGCUGACAAAGUUCUGUCACGAAUGUGGCACCAAGUACCCAGUAGAGUGGGCAAAGUUCUGCUGUGAGUGUGGAAUAAGAAGAAUGGUUCUCUGAGAAUGUUCCAGUAACUCUGCACAUUAAUAUCUGUACAUUAUCACUACAUAAAUCUCUUAUGUGAGAAAGUUCUAGCAGUUCUCUCAGCUCCGUGGUGCACAUCAAGCCUCAGCCUGCAGGGAAGGCCAGCCUACCAGUUCACUUGUGGGUUGUAGUCUGCCGGGCGAGUCGGCCAGUAACCAGCUUCUUAGGGCAGUAUCCACUUGUGUUCAGCAUAAGCCAGAUAAAUAGGGCUUGUGUUGCAAAUGUCUUCUGACAUGAAAAAAAAAUACUUUAUGUUAGUAUUGGUAGAUGCUAUAUACAUACAUACAGUGGGUCCCAUCCAAUGUGCCAGUAUGGUUUCAAAAGGCACACAAUGCCAAGUCACAUUCUAAAAUGAAUCUUUACUCGGCUCCCCAUUACUUGCCUUGUUUAACCAGCGACACAGCUUCUCCCAGCAUUCCUAGACCCAUCAGCUUGGGAAGCAAAACUCUCAUAAGCUGGGCCACUUUUUAACAUUUGGCCUCCAUCCUAUUGGGCCUGUUAAAGCCUGUAAUGUGUCAUUUUUGCAUUACAAAUCGAUAAGAAGCACUGUGCAAAUCAUUUUGUGCCUUCAACCUACUUGCUCCCUGCACCUCAGUUAAGGAGGCGUUUAUAAUAUUGUAUUUUUUGCUGGUGCUGAUAAUAUACUGAUUGCACUGAAAAGUCAUGGGGAAAUCAAAUAAAAGUGCUUUUGGUUUCA